UUUACGAAACGUUUUGCAACAAAAUCGGGAUAAUGACUACACCCCUGUUAAGGCUAAUGUUCCCUGGCGGAUGUUUACGGAAGUGGAAGCUUGAACAAUAAACAGUUCAAUUAAUAAUCUCUGUUGUAUGCGAGAUAUACUCAACUAUGUCAAUGAUCUCGUAAAUUGAGUCGUUGGUUUACAAUGAAUGUGUAUAAUAUCAUAUAUACUUUUUUCCCCUACUGUAUUAUUGACUGUAUGUUUGUUUUACUCCAUGUGUAACUCUGUGUUGUUGUAUGUUGUCGAACUGCUUUGCUUUAUCUUGACCAGGUCGCAGUUGUAAAUGAGAACUUGUUCUCAACUAGCCUACCUGGUUAAAUAAAGGUGAAAUAAAACAGAAUGUAAAAAGGGAUUCAGCAACACCCAUUGGUGAGUAUUUAGUUACGUAUUCUAGUGGAAACACGUGACCUGUCCUACUACGUCGUCGUCAGCUGAGACAGGCGACAUGGCGACUUCAGCGGGAUUUAAGGUUCUAUAUGAGCAUGAUGGAGUUUUUAUACACACCAACCCAGAAAGGAGUGAGGAGCAGGAUUCUCUCACUUCAGGAUUCCUGCGUGUCCUGGACCAGGAUGGAGACAUAGUGCUGGAAUAUAAACCCAUGGAAGAUGUUGACCACUCUGCCAUGCUGUGUGCUGCCAAGGAGUCUAGCUCCGUGUUUGAAUGGGGCCAGCGGCACCAGGGUACAAACCAAAACCCAGGAGACAAGCCUCCCAGGCAGGUGGAGCACCAGCUGAGCUGUGAGACAGAGUGGGACAUGGUUCACACUGUUCAGUUCAGGAAGAAACCCAGCAACAAUGGAGAAGGUGCUCCUCCUAAACCCGCUCCCAUCCCAGAGAAGAGUAAGGGUUCCCGGCUGUUCUUCCGUCUCAGUGACCUGGCCUCAGUCAGGGUGAAGGAGGAGGGCUGGUCCUACCUGGUGUUCACCCUAAGAGACCGCAACAUGGGGGUUGAGCUGCCUGCCCUACACUUUCACCAGGGAGGUAGUGAAGGCUUCCUGGACUGUCUCAGGAAGUACAUGCUGCUGACAGAGUCGACCACAGAUGCCUCCCUCCUCCAGGUCAGCCCCCACAGCAGAGCUAUGUCCCAGUCCUUUGAGAACCUGCUAGAUGAUGCCACCUUCGGACUUAUUACGAGGUUUUCUCAGGACCCAGUCACCACUACUCUGGGCGGUUUCUCCAGGGUGACCAACUACCUGUUUGAUGCGCUCCGGGGUCCAGACACGGAGCUACUGCAGCAGAGGCCUGUCGGGGAGGUGGCUGACCUGCUGAAUGAGGCCAUACCUGGACUGGACAUCAACCAGCAGGAGGAACCAGGCUUUGAGGUUAUCACCAGGAUUGAUCUUGGCGUGCGGCCAACGGUCCGGCGUAGGGAGCCUGUUGGGGCGGAGGAGUGGAACACCAACAUGGACCCUGAGGGACGCAUGAGGAACAUCUCACACCUCAAACAGACCAUAUUCAAAGGGGGUCUGUGUCAUGUGUUGAGGAAGGAGGGAUGGAAGUUUCUACUGGGCUACUUCCCCUGGGAGAGCACCCAGGAGGAGAGGAGUCGUCUGACCAGGAGGAAAACGGAUGAGUACUUCCGUAUGAAGCUCCAGUGGAAGUCAGUGAGUGAGGAGCAGGAGAAACACAACAGCAUGUUUAGAGACCACAGGAGUCUAAUAGAGAAAGACGUGAACAGGACAGAUAGGACCAACACUUUCUAUGAAGGACCAGACAACCCAGGACUGAUUCUGCUGCACGAUGUCCUCAUGACCUACUGCAUGUAUGACUUUGACCUGGGCUAUGUCCAGGGUAUGAGUGACCUGCUGUCUCCGAUUCUCUAUGUGAUGGAGAACGAGGUGGACGCCUUCUGGUGCUUUGUCUCCUUCAUGGACCAGAUGCACCAGAACUUUGAGGAGCAGAUGCAGGGUAUGAAGACUCAGCUGAUCCAGCUCAGCUCUCUGCUACGACUACUGGACCUGUCCUUCUGGAACUACCUGGGGGCCCAGGACUCUGGUCACCUGUACUUCUGCUUCCGCUGGCUCCUGAUUCGCUUCAAGAGAGAACUGAGUUUCCCUGAUGUCCUGCGUCUUUGGGAGGUAAUGUGGACUGGGCUGCCGUGCCAGAACUUCCACCUGCUGGUGUGCUGUGCCAUCCUGGAUUCAGAGAAACACCAGAUUAUGGAGGAACAAUACGGCUUCAAUGAGAUCCUCAAGCUCAUAAAUGAACUGCCGAUGAAACUGGACAUCACGGCCAUCCUCAACAAAGCUGAAGCUAUAUGCCUGCAGCUGAAGAGUUGUAAGGAUUUGCCAAACUCAGUGGUUGAGAUCCUUGGAUUCAACAGCACAGACACCGAGUCAUCAUCCCAGUCAGAGGACACUGAGCGAAUGGACAGACCAGACUCUCCGGAACCUUCUACACCGUCAGACGACCAGCAGGACUUAGUCUCUGACUACAGCCCCAGCGGCGACAACAGACACUUAAAGGACGCAGCGCGUGACGUUUACAAAUUAGCCUACAUAUCGUAGCCAGCCUGGCUAACAGUAGUCUCUUGGCCAGUGAGAGAUUUGGUUCUGGUGGCUGAGAUGGGGCUCACAGCCUAGUGAAAAAGGUGGAUUGUCUCUCUCACACCUCACAGACAGAGGAGAGAUGGGAAAUGGCUUCUCGGGGCAGUAUCAUUAUAAUAGAGCCCAAGAGGUAUUCAUUUAAAGGAAGUUUUGCAAAUCAAAUAAUUUUUGUAAUGAUUCUCUGUCUAUUAAUCAUCUCAUUUUUCUUGUUAGAGGUUGGUCUUUGAGUUUUUAGGAUAUUGCUCCUUAUUGCCCCUGACUCCAAGGUAUUUAGUGUUCAGCAGAUUGCUCCUUAUUGCCCCUGACUCCAAGGUAUUUAGUGAUCAGCAGAUUGCUCCUUAUUGCCCCUGACUCCAAGGUAUUUAGUGUUCAGCAGAUUGCUCCUUAUUGCCCCUGACUCCAAGGUAUUUAGUGUUCAGCAGAUUGCUCCUUAUUGCCCCUGACUCCAAGGUAUUUAGUGAUCAGCAGAUUGCUCCUUAUUGCCCCUGACUCCAAGGUAUUUAGUGUUCAGCAGAUUGCUCCUUAUUGCCCCUGACUCCAAGGUAUUUAGUGUUCAGCAGAUUGCUCCUUAUUGCCCCUGACUCCAAGGUAUUUAGUGAUCAGCAGAUUGCUCCUUAUUGCCCCUGACUCCAAGGUAUUUAGUGUUCAGCAGAUUGCUCCUUAUUGCCCCUGACUCCAAGGUAUUUAGUGUUCAGCAGAUUGCUCCUUAUUGCCCCUGACUCCAAGGUAUUUAGUGUUCAGCAGAUUGCUCCUUAUUGCCCCUGACUUGUUAAUCGCUCCUGAAUCAUGUGAAUAGUCAAAUGUAAUGCUGAAGUAGUUGACAUGUGGUUUAAAUGGAGGUGGAAGGGCUGAGGAAUGGAUAAGGUUUUAUAUAAACAGGGCUUAUUAUAUCUCACGGUAGUAUUCAGCUAAUAGGAGUCUUACUGUAGGUGGAAUUCAACUCUAACUAUUUAAUGAAGAUGUGGUUGUAUUAUCUCAAGGCAAGGCCACUCUCCUCUACCAACUGAAAAGGAUUGUCUGCCCUGCAGCCCAUUGACAGAUUAUACAGUGUACAAAACAUUAAGAACACCUGAUCUUUACAUGACAUAGACUGACCAGGUGAAAGAUAUGAUCCCUUAUUGAAGUCACUUGUUAAAUCCUCUUCAAUCAGUGUAGACGAAGGGAAGAGACAGGUUAAAGAAGGAUUUUUUUAGCCUUGAGACAGUUGAGACAUGGAUUGUGUAUGUGUGCCAUUCAGAGGGUCAAUGGGCAAGACAAAAUAUUUAAGUGCCUUUGAACGGGGUAUGGUAGUAGGCGCCAGGUGCACCAGUUUAAGUGUGUGAAGAACUGCAACGCUGCUGGAUUUUUCAACAGUGUCCCGUGUGUAUUAACAAUGGUCCACCAUCCAAAGGACAUUCAGCCAACUUGACACAACUGUGGGAAGCAUUGGAGUCAACAUGGGCCAGCAUCCCUGUGGAACGCUUUCAACACCUUGUAGAGUCCAUGACCUGACGAAUUGAGGCUGUUCAGAGGGCAAAAGGGAUGAUACUCAAUAUUAAGCAAGUGUUCCUAAUAUUUUAUCCACUCAGGGGUUUUCCAUGUAGCUGCCUUACUGACCUCUGAUUUGGUAAGACUGAAAGAGACAUGAUUCAUAUUGAAAAAUGUACUUUGUUUCUGAAACCAUAUUGUUAAUCAUACUAGAAUGUGUGGGUUGGCACGGUGAUAAUAUAUGUACACAUAUUAGACGUAUGUUCCUCUGGACUGGAGGUUCCCACAAGUUGCUUUGUCAAACACCCAGCCUUACAGCAACGUUUUUAAAAUGUAGACUUCAUGCUAAACCACGAGGCCUUUGUCAACAUAGACAGACUUACUUCCAUGUACUCAUUUAUAUCGUCUGCUAGCUUACUCGCCUCCCAAAACGUAGGGAAUAUGGUUCUUGAUGUGUUUAAUAUUGACACACCUUACUUCUGAGGAAGAUUGUAAAGGAGUUGUUGUAGUCAUUGAUUAUGGUGCAUGCUGAAACUCUUAGCCUUCAAGUGAUGUAUCAGAAAAUGUAUCAGAAACAGUAAUGCUGGAAGACUUUUCCUACCUGAAUCUUUCUGUGUACAGAUUUGUAUAUUUCAGCAGUUUGUGCUGUAUGUAUGUAUGUAUGUAUGUAUGUAUGUACAUAUGAAAUUAAGUUAGAAUCAAGCAAAAAAUAUGUACACAGUCACAUCUUUAAAAAUAAACUUCAUAUGUACAAUUUCAACGUACGUACACUGCUCAAAAAAAUAAAGGGAACACUUAAACAA